GCCUGGAAGCGCAGCCAUGUUGGGAACAUUAGAAGGGAACCAACACCACGACCAGAAAGACGGGAACAUCUAGGUUCGGCAGCGGCGUGUCUUAACACCUUAACACCACCACCAUGGCUGACCCGGAAAAACAGCCCGAACAACCAAAGGCUGUCCAGCAGAAGCUGGUCAUCGCUGACAAAGUGACCGGGACUGUGAAGUGGUUCAACGUAAAGAGUGGAUACGGAUUCAUCAACAGAAAUGACACCAAGGAGGAUGUGUUUGUCCAUCAAUCGGCUAUCGUGAAGAACAACCCAAGGAAGGCCGUUCGUAGCGUCGGUGACGGAGAAGUGGUCGAGUUCGACGUGGUGAUAGGCGACAAGGGUCACGAAGCGGCCAACGUUACCGGUCCUUCCGGGGAGGCGGUAAAGGGUUCGCCUUACGCUGCCGACAAGCGACGCGGAUACCGUGGAGUCCAUUGGUACAUCAACCAAAAACGUGGGAACGGUCGACCUCAACGCAGACCUCGAGAAGGACAGGAGGGUUACGAAGCCGGCGAGGGUAAGUCCGUGGACGACUCGAACGUCGGCGAAGGCGGCGGUCAGCAGCGGCGUUACAGAGUUCGACGACAAUUCGACGGCUAUUAUCGCGGAUCGCGGCGGUCUGGCCCGUCCGCGCAACAGCAAGGCGAUAAUUCCGGCGAGAUCGGUGAACAGGGAGGCGAAGGGACCGGCGGCGAAGGCGUGCAGCGCGGAGGUGGCGCUCGUGGACGCGGCGGGCCCUCUCGGCGUUACUUCCGGCGCAACUUCCGCGGAGGAAGGGGCGGCGGACCACCGCGACGUCCUCGCAGCCAAGACGGACAGCCCACGUCGGAGCAGAAGUCGGAUGCACCUAAAGAUAAGGAUGCACUUGCCGCUGACCCUGCUCCAGAGGAGAGCCAGCCAGUCCAAAACACCACCACCGAAAGCACCGCUUAACCGAGAGUUAAUGGUACCACUACGACAAAACCACUCCUUUUAAUAUGUAACACCAACACCCGUUAUACACCGAAGCAACAACAGCAACAACAACAGCAGCAAAGGCAACAACAGCAUCAAGAAAAAAACAAAUGAAAAAAUGUGAAAAAAGUCUAAAAAAAAAAAAAUGGAAAAAUAUAC